AUGGCUGACACUCACAAUGAUGACAACAACCCAAUGCCACUUCAAAUCCUAGAUUCCAGUGGCACAAGCAAUUCAAUGGCUGCUCUGGUGGAUCAUCCGAUCAGUGAAUGUGAUCGACAAGGAGAGGAGACGUCGGCGGCACAAGAACAGAGGAAGAAUCAUCAAACGGUUCUAAAGACAAGGAGUCAGGUGAUAAUUCAGGCUAGGAGGAGGAUUUCGACGAGAAUUCAGGGCAAGAGGAAUCUUCCGAGGAUUCAGGCGACAAGGAGGAGGCCGACGAUAACGAGCAGGCCGCCGAAGCAAGGGAGUUUGGAGGCUAUGGAGUUGUUCAAGAAAAUGGUUGUGUUUGGGGUUAGGCCUGAUAUCGUUUCUUAUGGUAGUAUUGUCAAUGGUCUUUGCAAAGAUGGGUUGGUAGAUAAGACGAAAGAAUUGUUUUUGGAAAUGAAGAGUGGAGGAAUUAAGCCAAAUGUGGUUGUUUGUACCACUCUAAUUUAUGGUUGUUGUUUUGUGAGAAAUUUGGAGGGGGCUAAAGUCUUGUUUUUUGAGAUGCUGGAUCAAGGUUUGCAGCCUAAUUUAUUGACGUAUAAUACAAUGAUAAGUGGGUUUUGCAAGGAGGGGAAGAUAGAGACAGCGUAG